UACUCCAAUGCAAUCAUUUGAAGGACAAGAAGUAGUUUGUAACUUUGUAUCAUAUUUUUUUACUUUUGAAGUUUGGUUUCAUUACCCUGUCUUGCAUUCUGACAACAACAACAGAUAGUUAGGUGUCUGGUCCAGCGUGCACAGCUGUGAAUCCCUGAAGAUGGGUGUACCAAAAUUCUAUCGCUGGCUCAGCGAGCGAUUUCCUUUGUUGAGCCAAGUUGUGAAGGAACACCAGAUUCCAGAAUUCGACAAUCUCUAUCUAGACAUGAACGGAAUCGUCCACGUAUGUUCACAUCCAAACGAUGACGAUCCACAUUUUCGUAUCACCGAGGAGAAGAUAUUUGAAGCCAUAUUUCACUAUAUCGAGUUUCUGUUCCGCAUCAUCAAACCUAGAGAGGUGUUCUUCAUGGCUAUCGACGGGGUAGCACCACGUGCCAAGAUGAACCAGCAGCGCGGACGUCGCUUUAGGUCCGCUCACGAAGCUGCCACGCUGGAGGAGGAGGCGCGGAAGAAAGGAGAGAAGCUUCCCGAUGCUGCCCGGUUCGACUCUAACUGCAUCACACCAGGAACGCCGUUCAUGGUUCGCCUGCAGGACCAGCUGAAGUACUUCAUCAGCAAGAAGAUCUCCACCGACCGCAUCUGGAAGAAAGUCCGCGUCGUCCUGUCCGGACAUGAGGUGCCAGGAGAGGGCGAACACAAGAUCAUGGACUUCAUCCGGCACGAGAAGUCGCAGCCGGGCUACAAUCCCAACACUCGGCACUGCUUGUACGGCCUCGACGCCGACCUGAUGAUGUUGGGCCUGGCGUCACACGAGCCUCACUUUGCCUUGCUGCGUGAAGAGGUGGUGUUUGGGAGGAAAGCACAGCGAAGGUCCACCACUGCCGAAGAGACCACGUUUCAUCUACUGCAUCUCUCGUUACUACGCGAGUACUUGUACAACGAGUUUAAGGAGGUUAAGGAUAAGCUUGACUUUGAGUUUGAUCUUGAGCGCAUCAUUGACGACUGGAUUCUGAUGGGCUUUCUGGUUGGCAAUGACUUCAUACCUCACCUGCCUUACAUGCACAUCAAUGAGGAUGCAUUGCCAGUCCUGUGGAAUAUCUACAUUGAGAUCCUGCCGCAGCUUACUGACUACUUGCACUUGAAUGGCACCAUCAACCUGCACAUCUUCAAGACUUUCCUAGAAGCACUAUCCAAGUGGCAGUUUGACUAUUUUCAGGAGCAGUUGGACGACGACGAGUACUUGAAGCACAAGCAAUCCGAGGGCGGAUUUAAAAGCAAGCGUGUGGAGGAGAAGAAAGCCCAACGACGUAAACAUCGUGCGCGAGAGGUUGAGCAGUUCUCAGACGAGGAAGCUCCCAGUGGUACAAACUCAUCAGCAGCACUGCUUGAUGCCGACGCUCUGGAUGACUUUGAGCCUGGGGCACCAAUUGGUAACAGCGCAGCUCCUACCCAAGACGCUGAUGAAACGGCGUCCGAUGGCACUGAGGGAGCGGUGGCGGCAGGACCGUCAUCUGCUGCCAUCGCCGUUUUUGAUAAGAAGCGUCGGGACUACUACAGUGAGAAGCUGUAUGAAUCGGAGCAGGCCAUUACAAAGGAACAACUGCAUGAGAUGUGUCAGCAUUACAUUCGCGGCAUCCAGUGGAUUCUGUUGUACUAUUACCAUGGCGUGCCCUCGUGGAGUUGGUACUUUCCCUAUCACUAUUCCCCCUUUCUUCACGAUGUUGUGGAGAACGAGAUCACCGAGACCGAUGUCAGCUUUGAGUUGGGCACUCCGUUCUUGCCAUUCCAGCAGUUGCUUGCCGUGCUACCGUCGCUCAGUAAGGAGCUGCUGCCGGAAGCAUUCCAGUAUCUGAUGACAUCUCCCAGCUCGGAAAUCAUUGAGUUCUACCCGGUCAAGUUCAAGUCUGAUCUCAACGGGAAGAAGCAAGACUGGGAAGCCGUGGUACUUAUUCCAUUCAUUGACCAGGACCGACUUGUUGCCGCAAUGUCUUCCCGUGAGGAGCUGCUGGAGUCGGAAGAGAAACGCCGCAAUCGCCAUGGCAAGUGUUUUGUCUACACGUAUGACAAGUCGAUCAGCUUCACGUACGCUUCACCUCAGCAGCUGCACCCACCCAUCAAGCACUGCACGGCAAAAGAGGAGAAGUUACCAGCGAAUUCCUUUUCCACAGACCCAGAUAACCUUAUCUUUGGCUUGUGCGAUGGUGUAAUGUUGGACGUGGUGUCACCUGGCUUUCCAACUCUGAAGCAUCUUCCCCAUCGUACGGCGUUGACCAAGGCCGGCGUGCGCAUCUUCCAGCAAGCCAGCCGUAACUCUAACAUGAUUGUUCAUCUCUGCAUGUCUGAUGAAGGAGCGACCGUGGAGGUUGCCGCCAAGGAGCUGAUUGGCAAGAAUGUGUUUGUCAACUUUCCAUUCCUGGUGGAAGCACAGGUCAUCUCUGUCAUGUCUGAUGCUGAAAUAUGCUCUGAAUUGACAGCGGACGGCCAGGCUGUGAUCAAGGAGCAGAGCGGCGAAGGAAACUCCAAGUUCUUCCGUGAUGUCGACGUCCUGACCGAAGAGUACUCAUCUCGUAAAGGCUUGGAAGUAGGCGUCACUGAUGUGUUGCUCUGUGUGAACGUUUGUGAAGGAGAACGAUUCGUUUGUGACAGCAAGACUGGUAAGAUUAGCCUGGAGAAGCAAUGGUCGAAGCAUCCAUCACCCAUCUGUUAUCAAACCAUCGUGAAGGAUAUUCCAACGUUGCGUCAAGCCCGUGCAGCAGCCAGUGCUGCUAAUGCGAUCACCACUGAGGAUAUUGAGGAAGUGGAUUCCGCUGGCGGUAGUGUCGCGGCUGCAUCCGACGACGGCGUUCUGUUGCCCACGUUGAACGAGCUGUUCCCCAUGGGUGCCAAGUGCUUUGUGCUGUCUGGUCGCUACUACGGAGCAGCCGGAAAGAUUGAGAAUGUGGAGCUGAACAAGCAGGUUCGCAUUCAUGUCCAGGUAGAGCAGCAUGAGGAGCCCAGCCUGCUGAGUGCCAUCCGCUCACACAAGGAGCGUGCUGAGGUGUAUGUCCCUCUGAAUGCGGUCGCCCGUGAGGCCGGAAUCUCGACGGGGCUCCUGGCGCGCAUCGUCUCCAGUCUCAAGGUAGAGCGACCGCAACCUGGAGGGUCUAUACACAAGUUUGAUGUUGGCCUGCAGCUGAAGUCCACUAACAAAGGAACUGAGCUUGUUGGGUUUGCGCGUGGCUAUCUUGACGCCACCACCAAGAAGUGGAGGACGUGGGAGCUCUCCCCGCUCGCCGUGUCCAUUGUGAAGGACUACGUGAAGAAGUUUCCGACUAUGUUUCAACGCCUGGAGAAGAUGACGCGCAACGACGACUUCCAAGAAAAGGACGUCUUUGGUGAAGUCGACUCUGCUAUGCAGGUAGAGGUGCUAACGUUCCUUCGUCAGGUGGCAAGUGCCAGUGGUGAACAGUUGCAGUGUGGCAGCUGUACGUUGGAUGCCAGUCACAUCGAGGAUAUCGACAGAGCAGUGCAGCAGGCCAAGGCUGUGGCGAAGAGCAAGAAACGCAAGAUUCUGCGCAUGCAAGUGCGGCCGAACGCGCUGUUUAUGCCACCAGAGUAUUUCAACAACUUGCGACCCGAUCCCGAAGCAGAGUUCCACCUCUGGGAUCGCGUCGUUAACGUGCGCUCAUCCGGAGCUGUGCCGCUUGGCUGUCGUGGCACAGUUGUUGGAAUCUAUGAGCCGCUGGGUAGCCUGAAGGAAGAAGAGCAUGAAAUGGUGUAUGAAGUCUUCUUCGAUGAGGAGUUCCAUGGCGGUUUGAAACUGCGAUCGUCGGGUAAGCGGUGUUACCGCAUGAUGGCUGCCUCGCUGAUCAGCCUCAGCCACGGGCAGCGUACCUUCUCAAACUCCAAGCAGGCUACGGCUGCCGCCACAGCCUCCGAUGAGACCAUGCAAGCUGCAUUGUCUUCCGCACGCGCCUCGGCCGAGCGCAAGGCCGCGCUGAAAGCGCCGCAGCCAUACGACCGCCGUCAGCAGACUCCUACGCGCCGCUUAUAUAACCCCAUGCAGCAGCAGCCAAGGGGACCAUCCAGCGCCAUCAAUCAUUCGGCGUUCGUUGGCCGCACGGCUGCGUCUGUAGUGGGCGGCGGCGGUGCUGGUGCUGGCGGAGGUCGUCCUGGCAACGAUCGCUUCUCCACGCCUGUGGGCGUGCGCCAGCUGCAGCCCAAGAGCGCCGCAUCGGCCCCCGCUCAGAUUCUCACCGGCGCCAGUCAGCGUCAUCACCCAGCCGCUGCUCAGAAUCCUGCUAGCCCCAUACUGUCCGGAACAGGCAAUGCCAAGACUCAAUCGCGCAGUCGCAGCGAUGCCAAGUCCACACAAGGAUCUGUCAGCAGCACUUCAGCUGCCGUGAGCAGUAGCACGAAAACAACAACCACCAGCACCAGCAGCGCAGUACCGUUACUGCCCUCCUCCCAGGAGUCAUCUACUGGUCAGCCACUGCUGUCCGAGUUGGAGAGUUCGUUGAAGACGAUGUUGAAUAUUGGUGGAGCUACGACCGUCGCAACGGAUGGUGCUAGUAAAACUCCAAGCAAAUCAGCACCAACUGUGAAGACAGUGGUAGUAGAGGCACCCGUGUCACAAAUACCGACAUCCAAAACCGGAGGCGCCUCACACGUGGGUUUGCUACGUUUGCACUGCAAGACCAAAAAGCUGGGAGUUCCCACGUACGAGAUCUCCCAUCUGCACUCGAAAUACACAGCCAUGCUGAACAUCGAACAGAUGUGGUUCGAGGGCGAUCCCGCGCUCAGCCAGGCCAAGGCCUGCGAAUCGGCGGCCGGCAAGGCUCUAUCAUCCCUGCAUGUGGGUGACCUGUCUGCGGAAACCAACACUUCCACAGUCCCACAGCCGCAGGCCCAACAGCAACAGCCCGCACAGUCUAUUCCUGCGUCAACGUCCGCUCCCACGCCAACCGCAGCAGUGCCAGUAGCACCGUCAGUCGUGACGCCAGCAACAGUCCUUCAUCCACUGCUAGCCACAGCAACAGCAAUGGCACCUGUGUCUAGCACACCGCCAGCGACGUCACCAUCAUCGGAGGUGUCAACAAUGUCAGCAGCGGAGGCAUCACCAGCAGUAGCACCCGCACCAGCGGCAGCUCUGAUGCCUGCUCUACUACAGCAACUGAACCAUGCAGCUAUGCAGACACCGAGUGGCAAGCUAGGCCCGGAGUCCACGGCUGCGGGGUCCACGUCGUGGGACACUGGACCGUUUGCCACCCUGUUUGGUCAGCCGCAAACCCCAGCCAGUCAUCACAGUCCUGCUGUGCCUAGUAGUCCACAUCCACAGCACCCGGUGCAAGGACAACAGCACUAUCCACAGCAGCAUGAACAGCAGCCACAGCACCAGCACCCACCGCAACAGCCACAGCCGUUUCCACAACAGUCUCCCCAGCACUUUCACCACCAGCAGCAGCAGCAGCGCCAGCACCCACCACAGCAGUCACAGCCGUUUCCACAACAAUCCCCCCAGCACUAUCACCAGCAGCAGCAGCAGCAGCAUCCGCAGCAGCAACCUCGUGCUGUGCCCUCAAUGCCAUUUCCAAUGGUGCUGAGUGGCCUAUCACCGGCUGCUGCCCCUCGUCCCGUGACUGCUCCCCAUCCCGGUUACUAUGCAGCGGGCUCUCCGUACGGCCACCCGCCUGCUCCUGCCGUCAACCAGCCUCCGCAGCAACGUCCUCCCCCAGGACACGGGCCGGGGAUCCCGUUCCCUGCUGCGCCCAUGCAGGUCAAUCCCGCCCUGCCCCGUCCGCAGGCACCGCCGCCAGGUGCUGCUGCAUAUCAUCAUCAGCCGCCACCACCGCAACAGUAUCAGCCGCCACCACAACAGCAGCAUCAGCCGCCGCCCCAACAGCAUCACCACCAGCAGCAGCAGCAUCAGCCGCCGCCACAACAGCAUCACCACCAGCAGCAGCAGCCGCCGCCACAACAGCAUCACCACCAGCAGCAGCAGCAAGCUACUGGAAGCAUGCCUCACAUGCUCAACGUCCUAAUGCAAUCUCAGGCGGCUGCCAGCCAGCAGCAGCAGCAACAGCAGGGCACUGGUCAUCAAGGAUCCACGCCUGCGCCCCCGUCCGCCGCAGCACGACCUCUGUUCGUUCCUCACCAGGUCCUCAUGAAGCCCCAGCCGACACAAGCAGCUAAGAAGCAAUAGGCAGCCGACACAAGCAGCUAAGAAGCAAUAGGCAGCAGACACAAGCACAUGCUUAUCUUCACUGUGUUAGUAAAGGCAUCCUGCAUGCCCCGGGACAUGCAUGUAGUCUCGUGCACAACGCCGGCUUACAUCAUGCACAGCACAAGAUUCCCUCAUGCAUAACAUGUACUUACCUCAUUCAUAGCGCAAGCUUCCCUCAUGCACAACACUGGCGUAUGCCAUACAUCAUGCAUAGCACAAGACUACUACAUCAUGCAUACCGCCGGCUUACUUCAUGCAUACCACCGGUUUACCUCGUGCAUAGCACAAGAUUCCCUCAUGCAUAACAUUGACUUACCUCAUGCAUAGCACUAGCUUACAUCAUGCAUAACACUGGCUCGUGCCAUACAUACUGCUAGCUUAUUUCAUCAUAAUUAUUUAUACAUUCCUCAUGCAUAAUAUGCAUAUGCUCUCAUUGCUUGUACCUGUACCACUAUGAUUUUCCGCAUACAUGUGCUUUGACCGUGCGAGUGUUGUGAACAGCUAGAUCUGUGCAGCUAGCCGAAUACAGUACACGUAUAUCCUAGAUAGAGUAUGUGUGUCGCCUCCUGUUCAUUUUGCAAUUAUUUGGAGGACACUGAAAUCACGAGUCGUUCGAGUUGAUGGUAGACUUCAGUGAUUGGUGAUUUUUUAAAUAAUUAUUAUCAUGUCAAUGUUUUUGUUUUGCACUGGUGAUAAAAUAUUUGGAACGAUUUUUGUUGGUAUAGCACGGCGUCUAAUAAUUAUCCACACCUUGUUUUCUUGUUGUUGCAUUUUUGCGGGUCAAAAGUGAACAUGUGCACUAGCUUGCCACUGCAUUGCUUCGAGCUCGUACUUGACUGCUCGACCGUGGGCAUUGCAUUUGCAGUGGUGGCGGUGGAGCACACUGCACGGCUAGCCCACUGUACCGCCAUGCUUGGUCUAGUGAAGCCACUAUUUUCCUACUGUUCCUCACUACAUGCCUGGUCAUAUUCGCUGUUCAUCACACUCUUUGUUCGGGCAAAUCAUUUCGUAUCCUAUCCGUGUGUCCUGCGCCCUUUUGAUAUGUUUUCCUCCUCUAUAAUAUGCACACAUAAUUAUUUCUGUUGCCUCUGCUUCCCCCUUCUGUCUUCUUCCAGCUCUGUAGGUAUGCAGAUGUGAAAUCUGCCUUCACUGUGGCCCUGUAGUUGUAGAAGAAGUUUAGCAAGCUA